AUGACCGCCAAAUCCCCUGUUAUACUCAUCCUCGGCGCGGGCCCUAACAUCGGCCAGUCCGUCGCUCGCAAGUUUGCCUCUAAAGGCUACAAGGUUGCACUCGCCGCUCGCUCCCUGAAGGAGGGCGAUAGCACUGAGAAGCAACUACUCAUCCCGAGCGACCUCUCUAAAACUAAUGAUAUAAUCAAUGCUUUCGCUAAAGUGAAGAAGGUGUUUGGUAUCCCUAGUGUCGUCGUCUACAAUGUUAGCGCUGUGACCUUCACACCCCCCGACGACCCUUUCGCUAUCACUCUCGCAGACCUUAGUCGCGACACGACCAUCAACGUCUACAAUGCCUUUGUUGCCGCACAACAAGCCGUCUCCGGCUUUUCACAGCUUCCAACGUCAGCCGCGAAGACUUUCAUCUAUACUGGAAAUAUCCUGAACGUCGGCAUCAUCCCAAAAUUUCUCACCCAGGGUAUUGGAAAGUCCGGCGCCGCUCACAUGAUCUGGGCUGCUUCGGACGCGUACAAAGACCAUGGAUAUAAAUUCUAUUAUGCCGACGAACGGAAGGCAGACGGAUCGCCCAAGUACCGUGUCGAUGGCGGCGCACAUGCGGAUCUCUACUGGGAGCUGGCGCACGCCGAAACGCAGGGCCCGUGGAUGCAGACGUUCGUUCAGGGGGAGGGAUAUAAGCAGUUUGACGACCUAUAUACCUCUCUUGCCUGA